AUGUCGAGGAGAGCGUGGAAGCUGCGUAAGUAGUAUACGUUCAUUCGGCGCCGCUUCUUUCUUUUGGCCUUCGCCCAUUUUUCUCCUUCUAGCAGUCUUAUGCAACCGUCAGGCGGAAAGUGCCCAACUUGCCUGUCUGCCAUGCCUUAAUAACGGGCCCAUCAUAUAUGAUGGGCCCGUUAUUAAGGCAUAUAAGUGAGCUAUAGCUCACUUGUGGUUUAUAUCGGCAAACUGGAUAUCCCAUUCCAAAUUUUGUCGAAACUGUAUGCUAUUAAGCGGUUAGUGUUAGGUUCCAGAAAAUCUGGUCCGUUUCCCCAACAAAUCCAAGCGCCGGAGAAGUGAAUCUCAAAUAAGUUAACUGAGCGGCUGUUUCUAACCAGUAGUGCAGAGAAUUCACAAGUCGUCUCAUAAAGUAAAAUUCCACUCACUUCAAUUUUGGCCAGCAUCAAGCUUAAGCAACAGCUGAUGGGCUCCGAAACUUGGCGAACUGUGAUCAAGUAGAACUAAUCGGUCGAACUAUUGGUACUAAGUGCAGAAGUAUGCGAAUAAAGCCUGCGAAAGUCCAGUCAUCACCCACAAAGUAGUGCUGUGCGCCGUUCUUCCAAACUACAGGCGCACACUUCUGGUGCGUUGAGAGCCAAAUGAUUCUGUUGUGUCAUCCUCAACCGCAGCUGUCUAUGCGGCCCCUUGGACAUAACCGAUAUGUUUGUUGUCACGAAGAACCGACGAAGUAUUGUUCGCGCACAUUUAUUGACGUACUAUUACAUGCUUAACGGAGGAAGUGCAUGAAUACCUGUCGUUCCUUUCGACGGCCCUGCACCGGCUGACGACUUGCGGGACAACAACUGCGGAAACUGAUUAUCGAAGUCACUCUGUGGUUUGAUCCUAGCUUCCGACUUAUUAAAGAAUCAGACUAGACUGCAAAAUUAUUGACUUUAUUUUUUAGGCCGGAACUGCGUGUAUAUAAGCUCGUAGUGCCGUCGCAAACGUUACUAAUUUGUUUGCCGCAGUUUGUACAGUCGACCAACUGUCCUGGACAAAUGGGUCUUGUUGGUCUAUCUGCAGGUUUCCCGGCGCGCCUAUAGGUGACGGGUAGUGGGGCGACCUCCAGCGAAAGCCGGCUUCGAGGUAAGCAGACAAGCUAGUAGUUGGAUACUAUGCAUUUUGCAGUCAGCCGGUCACAAGCAUGCAAGUAAGUGAGGACAAACAAGGUCGGCUAGAAAAUUUGGAACGAAUAACCCCGAUGUAGGUUUUUGCUUGUCUUGCGAUUGACGUAUCGGAGUAAAUUAGCACAGCAUCAUCAUCCUUGGCUACCAAAUAGGCGGUCAAAUGUGGCUACAAAUUUGUUGAAGGCAGUAUGGAUAAACGCAUAGUUGUUGUUUGAUCCGUAUUGACACUCUGUAUGUAGGGGUAGUCAUUGCUGCCGUCGCUGACAGAUGUUUCAGCACUAUUAGCUGCUAGUGUCGCUCCACUUCUAAUUGUUGACGAGCAGGAGUUGGUUAGGGGAAAAAACGGGACGAGAUCUUCGAGCAAAGGUGUGGACGUCUUUUGAUGGCAGACCUCAGUACACCUUUCGCCUCCAAGACAAGCAGUCGACCGAAUGCAGCUUAUUUUACGUCGUUAGCGAACCGUAUGUGAGCAUAUUGGGAUUUACACUGGAGCAUGCCAACUUCCUGAACAGGCGGAUGUUAUUUGGAUUUUCGAAAGUUCUUCAGCAGAACUCGACCAGAAGGGUAAAAACGUAAGAAAAGCGGACUCCAGUAGUCAACUUUCUAUUGUAGACGAAAAUAAUUUCGUGCAGUGUCACAUUAGGGAUGGUUCACAAAUGAGAUGUAAUUAUGUUAAAAACGUCAAGUAGAUUGGACUCGUGGUGCGUGAUAGACUAAGUGUGGGGUUUUUGAGCUAGCAAAAUAGUCUUCCACAAAGUGUGCUUCACGCGUUCAGCCUACUCGUUGUUUCGGUGUUGUCCUGCUGGUUGCUACUUUUUUUUAUCGUGGAAGAAUUGCUGAGCGUUGGUUCACAUAACUGACUACUCGAUCCGUGUGGAUGUUGGGGACCGACAAGUUUGAAUGGAAGUCGAGUCGUUCCAGCCUGAGAACUCGAUCCACCAGCACGUAAGGGAGUACGAAAAAGCUUUGAUAAAAAAGUUGUGUGUACGCUGUAGCAGGACUCCGUUAUCCAUAAGAUUAGCGAACUGGACCUAAAGUGCAAAAAGGAGAGCAAUUAAUGAAAUGGAAUGGAUAAGAAUAGUUAAUUAGUAUCCCACACCUCUAAUACUUUCCGGAGUAGUUGGACACCCAUUUGUCACAUCCGUUUCCUGCGGAAUUCUUACAUGCCAAACGGUAUUAUGAUGUGAUAGAUGUUGCCUAUCAUCCGAUAAGGCUUCCCUCGCCGCUUUACGGACUUAGGUCUUGUCCCUAGACCGAUGGCGACCUCAGACCCAAUCCACACCUCAUCUCUCAGAAGCCUUGGCCUUUUCAGCUAGCUAAACCGGCGUUAGUCCCAGUAGGAACAGAAAUAGCAAUAUCCUAGUCAGUUCAGAGUUCCAUCACUAAGAUGCGUGACAUGAUGGUUGAUGCAGCAACCGGUUUUGCCUUUGGGUUGGGCCAUGUUCCCCUCGACAAAUAUCCCAAAGCUCGCCUCAUGACCGUGCCAGAGGCUUGCUGGUGUAGAAUUACGACAAUCUGGCAUAACGGUAAUCUAGUCUUGUUUUGCAGGCUAAAGUAAAGACGAAGGCAGCAUUAAAUAUUCAUAACUGAAGCCUCGGUCAGCGGCGCAACUGAGUUCUCUGACUAACCAAGGAACGCCGCAAUAAUAGGGCCAGCUAUGAUAUCUAAAAUUGUCUUACCAGACAAGUCUAGCUUGAUUUUUCAGCGAUGGCUUUCCCUGCACCCGUAAAACAACUACAAAUUGUUAAUAGUACGAAUUGUGGCUGGCACUCGAACUCUGCCAGAUUAUCCGCUUAGUCAGUGGUAGGCAGUCUACACAACCCAUUACUCGUGCCGUAGACGAUUACUGUUGUUUACAACUCAGGCAAGAUCGAGGGUUGGCGCCAGUGUUUCUAACUCCAAAACUUUGACGACUGUCCAAUAUAUGCCUGCACCCAUCGAGGCAAUUUCGUCCGGAACUUAGAAUUUCCUAUGCUUCUUCUUACCUGAAUAGUAUUACCUUCACGAUAUCGCUGCGAAAAUCCUGUUUAUUAUACGAAUGACCAUCGUGUAGCCCAUAAGAAAACUUGUAAGGCCCCCUCUACCACGCCUUUGAAUAUUUCUGUAACGAAGGUCAACCUUACGUCCAUUGAAGCAUUUGGUCUGUUAACAUGUGGUGAGUAUUUACUGUGUCCUAUAAAAUGUGCUUUCGAUGUGGCAGUUUAGGAUUAGCAGUCAUAGUGGACGGCACAGAAGUUAUCACGUCGCCCGACGUGAAAAGGACACUCAAAACCAUAUCACGGCGGCUGGGGUGUCGGCGUCCUUCCUGCACAUAAACCAACGUCCAUCGUUUGCCUCUGCCUGUUCGUCAGUCAUACGGGUACCGUCUUGGGACUUGUCUCGAGGGAGGCCCUACGCCUACAGGGCUUUCAGUGUUCGUUAUGUGCAGCAGUUUGAAAGUAGUUCAGGCCUCGGCUAGGAUGCCUCUGAGGUCAUUAAAGGACCAACUGUCAAGUUAUUACGGGAUUUUGAGACCCGAUACUCCCAUGGGAACUAUUAAUCAACAUGCCCACCUAGUGCGCACUGCGGAGGCCUACAGGAACUCCCUUCAUAUGGCUGAUUCUACGAAUGUAGCACUCUUUCUAUUCUCUUCACGGACUUCUCAUUAUUAUUCCUGUAGCGGAAAUUUAUAGCCAUGCUUUCCCCUCAUGCGCGACCUAAGAAUAUCUCUAAUAGCCUCCCUAAUUGCCAAUCCCUCUAGUUCUUUCGUCGAGCGACACAUUUUUCAGCUGCUCGGAGAGCCUAUAGUUUCUUCCACACAAUUUUGAGUAGUUUACUUCCGUCGCAUAGCGGUAAAUGGUGAUUCGAUGUUGCCCCUGCUCUACGAUCAGGAUGAAUCGAUGCAUACUACCCAGAUGCGAUUAUGCUCAAGUACCUUACAGCGCGUCAUCAAAAUCUCUGAGCUUUGAAUUAAGGUUGCCGCCAAUUGGGCUUACACGACUCAAGGAAAUAACGAUUACAAACCUUAUUUUACUGAUGCUGGUGGAAUUACACAGUUGCAUUUCGCUGGUUCGCUAGCUUGCAUAAACGCAGUCUACCAAUUUGCAUUCUGCACAGCUAUUCGAUGCUAACUUUUGCUAUUUUCAGGGGCACUGCCUCCUUUCAAGGCGGGAACCUCCCUACAUUAAGGGCUUUAUCUUCUGAUCUCGUGUUUUUUUUUCUCGUUUUAAGGAAAUGUUCGUUUGUUUUAUUGGUUCUUUAGAAGAGUUUGUGGCACACUCCCCUGGUGUUGUGACCUGCCUCGCAAUGGGCCACAAGUCCGCUCGAGUGAUGGCCACUGGUGGGGAAGACCGUAAAGUGAAACUGUGGGCAGUUGGCAACCCCAGCUGCAUUAUGAGUCUUGGUGGUCACACUUCUUCGGUUGAUUCUGCCCAAUUCAGUCAAAAUGAGGACUGCAUCGCUGCCGGUUCUCUGUCAGGCUCUAUUCGCGUUUGGGACCUGGAACAGGAGAAAAGUUUGUUUUUGCUUUCCCAGAAACUUAUCUGUCCAUCAAAUCCUUUUGCUGCAGUCGUGACUAAAGCUAGUUAUAGUCCGUGAAACACCUACCCCUUUCGGUUUUUUCUUCAUUGGGCGCAUUAUCAGUUUUAUGUAAUUUGCGAAAUUAGGAAGACCGCUGUCAGUCAGUCUACAGCCAGUUAUCAACGCACCGCGUUCUUGGAAUUUUUGCCUUCCAGUGAUGCGAGUCUUAUCCGGACACACAUCUUCGGUCCAGAGUUUGGAUUUCCAUCCUCAUGGCAACUUCAUUGCUUCCGGGUCUCUGGAUUCCACCGUCAGGGUGCGUUUCCCAAAUAAGUGCAUAACCCCCUCUUGCCUUGACCCUUGGACGCACGAAAAUCGUCUUCAAUGUUUUAUGUCAUUGCACAGCUUACGAAAUAUUCAGAAACGUCCCUGUCCUUGCACUGCUUUCAUGCCGGCCAGGGAACUAGAUGACUGACUAUCUACAGGUGCCCCCUUAGCCACAUUCCCUUAAAAAAUUUUUUUUGAUUAUGCAUUUUCGCACCUUUUGGCUUAUCUGUUUGUCAUAUGGAAGUAACAGACUGCGUUUAAUUAGUAAGACCUGCAGCUACGAACUCACGCGUGUUUGUUGGUCGUCUAGUGGGGGAGGUCGUAUGUCGAUGUAGUUCUUCAUAGUACCGUUGUUAGUGGCAUUAACGUUAUCAGCGGAGAUCAUACCCCAACGACGUGACCUACUGUUGUUGUUCACAUGGUUUUCUGCGGACCCGGCUUCACAGUUUUCCGACGGUCUGGGUCCACACCUAUCAUAAUUCUUCAAGCUGAACUGGACCUGGCGGGAUCAGAAGGUUGCAUUACUUCCUUGAAUUCUGCCAAUACAGCCAGCGACUGACUGACGCCUGCGUCGUUGGCUUCCUAACAGCGGAGUGGGGGGAGUUCUCCUUCAUCAGCAAUCGGUUGUAGCGGUACUAGACAGGAUUGGAGUUUACUGUGCGUCAAAAUGUUGCCCCCUUUGCGGUGGUUAUGCAGUUGUCUGGCAGUGGCGAAAAGGGAUCAGAACCUGUGGCACCAAUGAAGUCUGGUGGGCGGAAUCUACCAAUCCCCGGUAGUGUUUUGUGGUUUGGGGGAUGAGGUGACCAUGUUAACAUCCCAGAGGACACAAAGUUAUCCAAGAAGGUCAAUCCGGUUCUGGACGCGAGUUGACGGUGAGACGUGUUGGAUGAGGUUGAAUGCUUGGGGCGCUCGUCCUAGAUGCUCCAACCUUGCGUGACUCUUGCUCUGUUUUGGCCUCCUGUGCUCGAUUGGCUUCAAGGGUUACUUCAUCCGUUUUCCUGACAGAUCGCCCCGUCAAUCUGCUAUAUGCAAGGUUUUUCUAAAUCAGUUGGCUGAUUUCGGGGUAUUUUUUGGAUUUUCAAUGUACUCUUGCAUCGUCUCUCUUCAUGACUUCGCCUACGAGUACCCGUAGCGACGUCACCACAGAAGAAUCUCUUUGGUAAGCACUCAUCCAACGGUAUCACGAAGUGACCGUUUGAUCAAAUUUUGGUCGGUUUCAGUAUGGAAUGGACUUCAUAAAAUGUGCAUAACUUCCCGAAACAUCUCUUAUCUGUCGAAGACCGUCCUGAAAUAUGCGAUUACUAAUGAACAAUUUUCAUUUAAAUGAAAAUUUAAAGUAAGUAUUGAAACUAAUAUUACGUCAGUAAGAAAUAACCACACUUUAAGAAAAGCAGAAAUGCUGAGAUCGCAAAAAUUCGUGUCAAAUGAAUAAGUUUAAUUUGUCCAAGCAUAUGCAUGCUAACAACUGACUAAAUAAGACAGCAUAAGCACAACGGACUCGGACUAAUUAUCCUCUAAAAAGUAAUUUAAUGUACGAUGGGGCAAGUCGUCAACUACUCGACGUUCGACGAUACCCCCCGAAUGGUGUUGCUAGAAUUGUAUGUAUUUUUCAGUUUUUGCAUUGUGCGAGAUGCGGUGAAGAUAAUGUUGUAGAAUUUCAUGGACAGACAAGUCACCUGAAUAAAAUGUUUUAUUAGGUCAGACGUCAAGAGGCCAAUUAGUGACUAAAACUGCAGGGCAUAAUUAGCAGAUGCAAUCGUGCAUAUACCACCUUCAGCGCACCAAGCGAAUUUCUCUUCCUCAAAGUUACUUCGCGCUUUAUAAUAAUGAAGUUCGUUGGGUCUCAAGGCAUCCUUGAAGUGUCGGUGAAUACUUGGUGGUUUUCAGUGUUCUCGGUCGAUUGCCCAAAAGACAGGCUCUGUAGUUUGUGCUUUUUAUUACUCUCAAAAGCCAUUUCCUCUGGUGAGUUCGCAGGCGUUUCUGUAAAUGCCGAUUUGAGUCGUGUCUGCAGGUACGUGACAAUCGCUGAAUAAAGUAGACGUUUACAACGACUGCCUGCGAUAAAUGUAGUGUUGAUCGAGGGGAAAACUGCCGGUAAAAUAUGUUAUCAUUAAAAGGUGCUUGGUUGUGCUAUUUCGCAGAUGAAUGCCCACGUCCUUCAUCCUUUCCCAAAGCAAAGUUAGAAAUUUGAGAAAAAUUCCUGUGACCGCUAUUGACAACGUUUUUUCCGCACAUGAAAAACUUUUUCUGUUUGGGGCGUUUCCAUUACUUUCUACUUAGCUCUGAGCCCCACUAUAUAACUGUGAGUCUGCUGCAGAUUAACCGCAUGAAUAUUCAAAUAUUCAGUAUGCAACCAGCACCGAACCCCUGUCUCUUCUACUUUAUGACUUAUUUAUAGCUGGAUCGCGCAAAAACACGUCACAGUAUGCCGCAGAUUUGUAGUAGCCUCCUUUGAAGACGUUUUUGCAGGUGGUAGGACAAAAUUAUGCUUGUUGACGUUAUUAAUGUCCUGCGUUGCGAAAUUGCACGUAUUUACAAUCGGACUUUUGGAUGAAAAGGCUUCUUUUCGUGGACAUAGCCGUCAGUCACAUCUUAGCUGGCCUGACUUACACGAAGGAAAAAUCCACGUUUAAAUUUGGUGAAAGCCAAUACGGAUAGCCUUGCAUCCAGGCAGAUUUGACGCACAGUAAAUAUUAUCUGUAGGAAAUUGCCUUGAUAAAUUAGAAAACAUAUUCCUGCCUCAAAUGUAUCUAUUUGGGUUUGUAAGACUAUAUAGAAACAUGUUACUUGGGAAGGGGACUUUUCCAGAUGGGUAGCCUAGUUUUAAGGCAAUUACGGAAGAUGCGUGCAAAGAUUUCGCCGACAACAUUAAGAGUGAAAAUUCCACGCUGAUUGUAGUAGAUUUGUCAGUUGUCUUUUAUACUUGGAGGUGGGCCGCGAUGGUGUUCUUAAAGUUCGACGGCAUUUGUCCUUUCCACCACAUCUACUGGAACGCCGGGAUCAGGGCGGGCGUAUCAUUGGAGAUUCUUGAGCUGGGGGUUAGCUGCACGGAGUGUGGACAAUCAAAGUCCGCAUUAGUUUCCACUGAAGAGAGUCCUUUAAAGGUCACCUCUUGGACCACAGGUGGGCGGUUGAAGAUGAGUCCAAGAUGUCCGCUCCGACACUCAGGACUCUUGAUUUCUCCGACAAUAGGGUUGCUUUGCCUGAACUGAGCAAGAGCGCGGUUCCGGCGGGUUGUGGGCUGUAUGCUGCCUUAAUGACAACCAAAGAGUUCAUCCUUUCAACUUGUUCAGCCUAUCCGUAAGUUUUUUUCGUAGUCAUCUAGUCGAUCUUCAUCCCCCUGCAACCCCUAUCAAACUUGUUUUUGACACCCGUAGAACGCAGCUUUGUUUGCGACUGUUAUUUUGUUCGUGUGUGAUCUAUGAAUUUGAGUCUUAUCGGGAGGAUGAGGUUCGGUUUAUUUUCCAUUGCCGUCGAGUUAGUUCUGACGUUUGCGGUGUGCCUUUCGAAGGACUUACACGGCACUUGUGUGGAUGGCACCCUGCGCUUUCCCAUUUACUCUCAAUUUUCUCAACUGCCAUGACUUGCGUCUGCUCCGGAAUGAUGUUCUUUUAGUUGCGUGAGGUCUAGUCUGCAUCCAGAUUGGAGUUUCAUUCCCUUGACAGCGUCUCUGUGGUUGAACUGACAGCCCCACAUCCAGCAACCAGCAUCGCAUCCUUCCGAUCACGCCUCCUGACGUGCAUGUAGUCCGUCAGUUGUCAGGGCCUCUAACAAGGAUAAUGAGGGGGGCGUGUUCUAGGCAGUCCGUUGUUGCUGAGGCCCUACCCCGCUUAUGUGGCACGAUUUGUGCCCAUUCGUGCACUGAAACCAUCUCGAACAAUCUGUUUGCCUGCCACCGAUGCAGACAAAGUGUGCAGAUCCUCUUCCAAUUUGUUCUUCAAAUCGUUGGGACCCGCUAUUAGGGAGGGAAGACGCAUACAUCGAUGAUCAUGACGAAUUUUACCCUCCAAGCGGAAGCGUUAUUAUGGGACAGUCGGGUGUCUUAUGUAGGAGGGAAAACUGAUAGCGAAGGCACCACCAGUGUGUCGUCUUCGCUUUAGGUUACUUGGCCAGUUGUCCAAAAUAUGUCGCACGGACUCUCGACUUUCUUGACAGACAAAAGUAAGUAAGGUCGCAUACGAGCAACCCCUUAUGCAUACUGCUUAACGUCCCAAUUUUCAUAAACCAGUUCACUCCCUCAAUACCAUCCUGCAUAUCUUCCAUUUGCGCUCUCGUUUCUCUUGCCCGUGCCUGUCUUUAUCAAUGUAUGUAGAUAUUUCUCUUUAAAUAGUAUUUUGCGCAUUUUUCAACCCAGCUCUGGGACGUCUCAAGAAAGGGUUGCAUCAACACCUUCCGUGGACAUACCGCCUGUGUUAAUAUGGUACGAUUCUCGCCCGACGGGAACUGGGUUAUCUCCGCUGGCGACGAUUGUUGUGUUAAGGUAAUUCGUGAUUUCCCCACACGAACCCUCUUCACUCAAUUUCGUUCCAUUUUUACCUGCAUGCCUUCUGCGCGCGGGACCACGUUUGUUAUAUGCGUCUUGCAAACUUUUCUGGCUCUCUUUUGUCUACACCACCGCUCUUACCGAAAUUGAUCUCUUCUGGACCCCGUGUGAAUGCCAUUACCCAUGGUUACGCGUACUUUUCACUAAGACAUCGAAAGUAGUCGGUCUCACAUUCCGCGAGAGUAAUUCGACCUUUCGGCGCUUUGUCAACAACCCAGCAGCACGCUUCCUGUUUAAUCCCAAGUUUGUUGCACAUAACAUAUGUCGUAGCUGCACGAUCGGGCUGCGUUUUAUUUCUUUUUUCUCUAAAUGAUCGCGCGCACUUUACCCAGAAACACUUACUUCCGAUUGAAUCGAUAAUCAGUCAUGGUUAGCUGCGCGCUCCUCAGUGUGACGAUCCUGACAGUCCGAGAACUCGGAUAUAUCUUAACAGAUGUCCCACAAGACUUGACACCGUCAGGGCCUGCUGACCCUUGUUGCCCAGUCACAAUAACUGACUCGAUGUAGUCCACUCCACGGAAUCAUAAACCCCUGUGCUGUGCGCUCUUUUGUCAGGAGCUAGCCAGUCGGCAGUUAUCAUCAUCUUUUCCUUCCAUAGUCGACAACCGAAGUAUGUGGAGUCUAGCGUCUUCGCCAGGUCUAAGUUGACUAUGCCCAUCCACUUUUCCAGUGUGUUGUUUCGAUGUCUAUUUGCCCAAACUGUGAAGAAGAUUUCAAGUGUUUAGACAGUGACGUCAAGUAAACGGAAGUGAACCCUGCCGUUAAGUUGAUUGGAAGUAUUUUGAUCACUCAGAUGGAACAGUCGUGAUCACACCCAUCGAUGAGGAGAAUUCAUGUCAAACAUGACGUAGUCAAGAGUGACGGCAAUCUUGUGCUCUCUCCAACUCUUGCUCAUACCAUUCCCACUCAACGUCGAGAGUCCUCCUAAAUCUCAGUUGAACCCCUUGUAGUACCAUAUUACUCAGACUCAGGAUUCUUCGGGAACUAAACUAGCGAUACACACGCACACACACUGGUGCCGUUGCAUAUUCUGGCAGUAGUGGUAGCGGCGGUAGUAAUUCCACUGAUUUCCUUGAUGUUUGAAUUGUUUUGCCUGAGACGUGCCAUAGUGUACUUUCUUAUUAUAAGCCGAAACAAAAGAUAUCCGACGUACGAUUUAGGCCCUAAGCGGGAUGACUGUCUUGUUCAGUUUCCUGGAUCUAUUCGUGCCUCCGUAUUCUGUUUGUUUGUUUUAUUUACCCUUAAAAAUGUACUCUACCCAUUUUAAAAAGUUUGUUUUAAGGUCUCGCUCCCAAACUGUUGUCUUUUGAUCCCAGGUGUGGGACUUGGCCGAAGGUAAGAUGCUGGCCGAACUGACUGGGCACACAGCUCCGGUAACGUGCAUAGCCUAUCAUCCCACCGUACUCCUCCUGGCUACGGCGUCGGCCGACCGGACAGUUCGAAUUUUCGAUCUCGAGAACUUUACGCAGGUUUCGGUUAGCGGUGUUGAGUUGGCUGCUUCUGCUGUUCGACGCCUGGCUUUCCAUCCGGAGGGUGUCUGUCUCUACGUCGCAACAACCGAACACCUGAAGGUACGCACCUGCACGCUGUUUCGACAUUCCACACGUCCUACCCUUCUCUGAACCUUUUCUUUUUUUUCACCGUUACCUGCCGUAUGUUGAUACAUUUCGUUAUCUGUGGGUACAUCUUCAUGUUUUCUGACACAUACAGAAGAAGGACAAUUGAUCUUAGAGCUGUUUCGUUAGCUUGACGCCCUGAACAUAGGGCAGGGUCUAUUAUGGAAACAGUGUACCUGCGCCGCACCGAACUUUAUUAUCAUCUGAUGUCCCAGUUAAGCUCCUUGUCACUCUUGCUAAUCUCCUGGUUCCCAUGGAGACCGAGCGCAUGACUGCACUCUUCCUAUCGACACCAUUUGCGUUGACCAUCUUGCCCUAUAUGCCACACCGUGAUGAUGCAAUAACGUCUGCGAUGGGAGGUAUGUGACCGUUCUUCUGCAAAUAAAGUGCUUUCGCAUGAAAAGUCCGCGAUUCCCAGUUUAGCAGCUAAAUUUUAGACUAAUAGUAGUAAUGGCUGACUUGCCAUACUUCCAUCACGUGUAUUAACUAAAAGCCCAGACACGUAUUUCACCGAUGUUGCGUCACUGCACGGUACAGCUAUGAGCGGUUCGUUCUUCAGUUGGUCCCCAGCGUUCUCCUUGUGUUUUCUAGCAUAUACUUCAAUUUAUGAUGCAAGCGUUCAGAUUUUUUUAUAAAUUAAUAACAUGCAAGCUUUGAAUAAAUGCCUCAGUACUAAUUCUCAGGUUUGAACUGAAGUUCAUCAGUUUUAGCCGAAUAACCGCUUGAUAUUCGCAGUAAUCUACCAAUACUGACUUAUUUACCAUACGGCAUGUGGAGCAGUUAAAAGCGCAAACACGUAUUUGUACCACUCAAUGACGCAGCCGGCAGUCAGGGGUUCGGCUAAUCGUCCGUGAUGACACCUAUCCUGACUGACAUAGUUGGCCGAAACCCUGCACACUGUCCACCUGCGAUUAUUUGGUCCUCCUUGUGGGCAGUCUUUUCUGCUCGAUGAUUUUCGCAAACAAUUUAGGUGAUUUAAUCAGUUCCAGUGCUUUCUGUUUAUAUCUGUUCUAAAUGCCUUUGGGGGAAACUUGAAGCACUUAUCCUGUCUGAUGAUUUGCAUUAUGAGGAACGAAGAUUCAAUUAAUUUCGAUCGCAGUCGCUGCCUUUCUUUUUGCGACGGUACCAACACCGCGAAGAAACCUAGACUCCCGCCUUUGUUACCGGGAAACAAAAUGGAGCCACGACGUAAAACGAAAGGAAAAGAGGAUAUUGCAUGGCGUAGUAGGGCCAGCCGGGUACGAAAUGCACACGCGUAAUCUGCUAACCGAGCAAGCCCGGUGCCUUUGUUCACGCUCGCAGCCCAGUCAAUGGUCAACCGAAAAUUAAGGAUUUUUCCGCGAGGGGCUUAUCGCGCAGGAAGCAGCCAAACCACUACCAGUCCACUGUGUUUUAAGACCGUUAGCCGUCGAAGAAAUAAAGUUUUGGCCCGCCCAACAGAAUAACUGAGGUUGUCCCCGAAACUCGCCCUCUCUCUCUCUCUCUCAUCCAACCGCCGGGACAUAACAAAUGGAGCACCCUAGCGCAAUUUUAGUUGUGCGCUUCGACGAUGAGUUUUGUUCUUGUUUUGACGUCCACGUAGUCGCUGAGUCGUGAAGCAAGAACCGCGUUCAUCACCUUUUUAAAGAUGGCCGGCUAGACGACACAGUAGGCGGACUAACUCAUGAAAUGUCAACAGAAAUUCCGAAAUGCGUUUUCGUUUCGAAAAUAUUAAUUAAGUAGGGCUGUAAAACUAAUCAGCCUGAAGUAUAAUUCUAUAAUAAUCCAGUUACCUCAGGAUGCCGGCUUUUGAAUGAAAUCCUUUCCGGUGGCAUACAAAAACUAUACUCCGUAAAAAAUGACUACUUAGCAGCAUGCAUUUGUCUCAUUGAUUUUCGAUGCCCUUAAAAAUUCAAUUAUAUUUCAUAGAAAGCAUGCAAAGCAACAUUCAUUCUUUUGUUCACUCGGUAGAAAAUGACGCCUUCUUCCAAUUUUAUGCUCGAAGGAAGUGUAUAAUUCGGUUUUAAAAAAGUUUCUAAUUGUGAGAUUUUUUAAUACCGUGAAAUGGCCCUUCAUAAAACGUCAUGUCUCUACAUUUACCAAUGUGGCUUGUAAAGUUAGCAAUGUGGCUCAAAUCCAUUGCCUAAUUUUAUGAACCCUUAUAUGGUCUCUUCUUAAUACCGUAGAGAAAUGUAUGUUUUUCCGUACGCGGAAAUUAUACGGCUUGUAGUUUGGGAACCCUGAAUGCAAGUGUAACGGCAGGCCGGGUUCAAAAUUAUUCGGGAGUUGGAAAAGUUUUUGAAAACCGAAUUAUACCCUUCCUUCGAGUAUAAAAUUGAAAGAAGACGUAAUUUUCUACUGAAUGAGCAAAAUAAUGAAUAUUUUUAUGCAUGUUUUCCAUGAAAUAUAAUUGAAUCUUUAAGGACAUCGAAAAUCGAUGAAAAAUGCAUGCUACUUAAGUAGUCAAUUUUCACGGAGUAUGGUUUUUAGAUGCAGUCGGAAAGAAGUUUGUUCGAAAGCCGGCGUCCUGAGGUAACUGAAUUAUUAUGGAAUUAUGCUGCACGAUGAUUGGUUUUACAACCCUACUUUAUCAGUCUUCUCGAAACGAAAACGCAUUUCGGAAUUUCUGCUGACAUUUCAUGAGUUAGCCCACUUACGUUAUCCUUGCCCGGCGCCAGCCUUGGCAACCCCACACCUUACCGUGUGUUCGAGCGAAUCUGGAAAACCAGUUUCUUAUAAAGAGAUCGCGAGAAAUUAUCACAAUGCGGAAAAUGCUGCCCGCCACCAAGCGAGGCACAAUCCCUGGAACUCUUUAACUGAUAUGUCGGAAAGAUGGACGCAGAUCCCCACUUUGGAAUCGGGAGCAAUCCCUUUAGCGUGCCGCUCCUCACAGCUAAUUUUUUUGUUGGUCAGUGCUCAACUGAGUUUUAAGAUUACGCACAUUUUAGUUAGACCUGCCUGAGGGUCAACCACUCGGUGCAGCACCAUUCCCCACCCAACACAAGUAAUCUUUAGUCGAGCUAAGAAUGCGUCAUACCUAUGUUAAGGGUUUGCAAGCACAAUCUUCUAAGGCCUAGAGAUCGCUUCGACCGAGUCGAGUGUUGAAGAAAGAGUGGUGGAAGCAAUCUUCUACCGAAAUUAGUGUUGUUUCUCUGGGGCUCGCAACAGGUAAAGACUUGACCGACACAGUCUCAGUCAGCACAAAAACCACUCGUUUCGCUGUUGGCGUACCCACUUGGAGGCGCAAGAGGAUACUCGUAAAGAUUUCACCUAUUUCCACCGGACCUAUUCCUAUGCAAAUGUAGCCGCUAUUUCUAAGGGGAAUUAGUAGUACAGUGUAACUCCAGUCCUUAGAUUGACAAUCCAUUUGGUUAAGGGGGAUUGCUCCUCGUGCACCCGUGGUCGAAGGAAGUGUGGCGUCACGGCAGGGCUAACCACUGUAUAACUUACGGCAUCAAACUGUGAUGGCUUGAGACUAUCAACGAAGUACUCUUGUUACUUUAGCCAGCACCCUCGCCCUCCGGUACAAUGUUCAGAAGAUCGAUUUUUACGCCGGUCAUCCGACUGACUACCUCUUCAGUCCAAAGUUAAAGGCAACGUCUUCCUGAGUCACUGUUGACGCUGGCUCGUUCACACCUUUAAAGUCAUACCCAUCCAGUCUUUGCUCUGGUGGAUUCGAGGAGUGCGUCGUGUGACGACUCAAUGCACCUAGCUUUAUGCUUCUGGCAUUUCGGACGCUUCACACCUAGUUGGCUUGUCAAAUGGGUCCUCUGUGUCUUCGCCUGCUACGAGCCCUCGGUUCAUACCAUCAUACAUCGAAUCGAACGACAUGCGAGGACCACACUCAUCUGAAUUUGGCCAAUCUAUACAGAGAUCCUCCACCAUUGUAUAUUCCCGAUUGCAACCGACAAGACAACGAACCCCUGGUUCAGUGGUUAGGGGCGUUGGACUUCUAACCAACAGGUCGCAGGAUCGAGCCCCAGGUGUUCCACACUUCAGGUUUAAGUAUGACUGGCUGAUGACGACUAAUAAGCUAGAAACGGCCAUUCCGGUCACCCCUGUCGUGGUGGGGUUCUAUUACGCUGACCGGGUUUGCCGAUAUGCUAAUACCUACGUUCUAUGACUGAUUUCGGUAGGCGGUUAACGCUUUGUUUUGUCUCCGUCUAAUUUCGUGGGUUUUGGGUAAUGGUUUAGGUUUAGGGUCAAGAUUUAGGGUUAGCGGUUUAGCGUUAAGGUUUAGGGUUAAAAUUUACGGUCACGAUUUAGGGUUAGGGUUAUGGUUGAGAUUUAGGGUUAGGGUCAGGGUUUCUUGGGCUUAGGGUUAAGGUUUGGGGUUAGGGUUAGGUUUUGGGUUGCUCUUGGCAUCUAAGUUUAUAUUUAGGUUUAGAAUUAGGGCUAGGAUGGAAGUUAGAAUUUGGCUUCGACUUGCUGUUUCGUUUACGGUUAGGGUUAGUGCUAGUGUUGCAGUUCGGGACCGCGGUUAGGAUUACGUUUAGUGUCGGCAGUUAAGGUUACGGUUGGGCUUGGUGUUACAGAAGACGGUUGUGGUUUGGCUUAGGUUUGAGAUUAUGAUUAAAGUUGUGAAGAAUUGGGGUUAGGGUUACAGUUAGUGUUAGGCUUGGGGUUAGGGUUUGCCUCAGCAUUAACGGUUAAACUUAUGAUAAGGGUUAUGGUUAGGUACAGGUUUCUGUUUGCCGUUCACCUUCCGACUGAUUUGAGGGUUUGACGCAAUUUUACGUUUGCCUUACUUUUACCGUUUUGGUUACCCUUUGUGAGUGAUGCUUGUGGUGGUUGAAGUUCACCUCAGAUGCUCCGCUUGUGGUGGCAUACCCCUACUCAUUUCCUUCCUACAUCUGCCUUACGUUCGUUCACUUGCGCCUACCGCUAUCCCGCCAACGACGCUUAGUGAUUUUUCUUGCUUCCCUUUUACCUGUCUCUGUCCGAAUGCUGAAAUUCAUUGUCUUGCACAAACUCAUUUACAUUACGUACCCCAUGGCCUCUACAUCUUCCGCUUACUCCCUUCCUCAGGUAACCUUCGCUCCGUCCAUUGUUUCAGCCUUUUCCUUUUCAUCCUACGUUUGCAUUUGAUACUGCAGACGCUGUUUCUCAGUCCACACAUGCCACCUUCGUACCCGCACUGCACUGCCCUUUGCUCUUGCAUUCGAUUCCCUACCGUUUCACAGGUUACUAUCUCCACUCCCGUCAUCUUUGCCUCCCCCCUUGUUUACAUCACCAUUUUGGUCUCCCCAUCUUGUAUGCCCCUCCAGCUUCCUUUUCUCCAUUUUUCUUUGAGGUAACUUGGCAUAACAAACGAUUGGGCAUUAGAGAAUUGUUUACCUUUAUCAUAGACUUCCAUCUGGUUGCGGUUUCAAUGAUUCUGAGCGUCCAAUUACGUUCUGCUUAGGCGCACCUUGGUUUUUUUAGGUUAUUUUGGUAUUUUUAAACUACGCGGCCGUUACAUUGUGACUUUGGAAUGUUCUUCUGCAAAACAGCAUUACUGGCCAACUUUUCCACCCGAUCCAAUUGCCUCACCCGUAAAAUCCCUAUUUCCACGGUCCGCGUAUUACACACAACCUCCCCUUCCUACCUGGGAUCAGGGCAGCGUUUUCUACCCUUCCCCUUGUCUUUGUCGGUAAUGUUAUUCUGCCUAUAUUACACGCCACUGUGCGGCUGUUGGUUGAGCUUGAGAGAGCCCUAAGGCACAACGGGACGAGUGAGUUCCGUAACCCUAUUGGAGAGUGCCGCUCUACCAGAGAUCCUCUCCGCAUAUCAGUUCAAAAAGUGAAUCUUCGAGUGUUACAACCUAGUGCUGGUAGUAGUCCCACUGUCCUAAGUAACACAAAAAGUCAGUUAUCCUAACCCCGAUUGCUUGUAGAACGCUUACAGCGGCCACAACGGGUCUCGGGGUUGCCGAUUGGCCAAGAACUCAGUUUAUAUUUCGAAGUCAGCGAUCCACUUACACGUCCGUUCUCUAUACCCUCCGUCGUAAAUCCGCAAUCGUACUUAUCCCCCGAUAUGCCGCACACGUUCUAAAUUUCCUUUACAGGUUUUUUAGCCGAUUUCGACGAUGACCAUAGUGCAGCUACCUAAUAUCAUGCCUUUCCCUGUAUCCGUGACAGAUCUACAACUAUGAGACUAUGUCCUGUCUGGACACUGUCGCGGUUGGUUGGCGCAGUGGCGGUGGUCUGGUCGACAUGGCUGUUGCACAUAGCUACAACCAGCUGGUUGGCGCCAGCAUCUCUCAGUCCCUGGUCUCCACUUUCGUGGUUGACGUGAAAUCUUGUGUGCCCUUCGUCUCGCCCCUGCACUCUGCAUUCUCCUCAUCUUUAUCCUCCUCCCCGCCGGGCAUUUGCGACUUCACUCCACCAUCAGCUGCGGCCGAGGUUGGUUUCUCUCUGCAUUUUAUCUUAUCGCCAUGAUAUUCCUUCUACGUGAUAACGCGUAGGCACACAGACAUUCAGAGUCCCCUGGAAGGGGUUGGUAACUCUGAUCGAUUUACAGUCGCACCGACUGCCUAUCCGCAUAAAAGAGUCGUUAAAUCCUGACCCUCACCAGGCACGUAACUCAUUCGUGGCUCCACGGAUAAAUUCUGAGUGCGGCAGCCACCCAUCUCGGUGACAGCUCUGACAAACGGCUAAAGAAGGAUGGGGGGAGUAGCCGAUAUGUCCCCGCCAUCGAAAAAUUUGUGUGAAACUCGAUUUGAUUAGGGCAGAGGAAACAGCCAUGUUACGGCUGCCGUGGACGAAACAGCUACCAAUUUCCUGUCCAUUUCCAGUCACCAGUGGGUGCGAAAAAGGAGGUCGCGGUCGAUGCUGUGUCGACUCAAAUUACGCGAGAGCUACGGCUAGUAGUAGUGACGGUGGUUGUGUUAGAUGGACGACCUGCAAUGCAAAUCGAAGUGUAAGUUGUGCGCACCACUUGCAGAGUAGAAAACAGACGUCUCAUUUGACCUCCGAGCUCUAUUUUCGGCAAUUCGCAGGCGGUAGCAAAGCCUCGAUAAUAUUUCACGGAUCGAAGUUACUUCUGCCAGGGGCGAAUAACGGUUCUUGCUCAAACGGAAGUAUUGUAGCGUGCAGAAAACGGAUGACGCAGCCUAAUUUAUCCCUAGAUGAAGUAGUGUCUACUUAUUUAAGUGUUUUUGUUGUUUUUCACACUGUCUCAAUUUAAACCUCAUAGCUUUGCAGACAAAUCCAGACUUCAUUAAAUAAUGAGCCGUCUCUUGUGACCUGACUACUCACUAACUACUAGUCUAGAAAAAAUUUUUAAAAAAUAAAUCUCAACAAUUGUUUGUAGAUGCUAUCUGAGGUUAUUUUUAUCUACGGAUUCAGGCAAUCUUUUAGAGCGCCUUUGGGCGUCCAAAGUAGUCUACAUGUACACUCUUACUCUUGGUAGGGGCGGGAUUAUCUGUCCUUGCCGGUUUUGUGCGUUUCCCCGCCUAGCGUAAAUCCUUAUGUUCUCACAUGCAACCCCCGCAUCUGCUCCACAUAUAGGUCUAUGGUAAAGUAAGAUUACAGCCUGCUGCCAUGAAAGUUUAUUGGAAAUCAUCCAGGUUCCGAUGUUCGCACCGUAUCCUCAUUCUCCUUCUCGACUGUAGAUGGACCCCAGAACGCGUCCUCUUGUUCGCUCAGGAAGCGAUCUCGAUCGCACGCGACCCUCCUCUACUACCUUCGUCUCCCGCGGCUCCCGAAAGACGUUUUGUCUUCAGGGCAAUGGAAGGAAACCUCACGUCGAGUCGGUAUGUUUUACUCCUUCUGACCCAUUACUUCGACGCACAAUGUCUUUCCGUUUGGUGUCGAAUUGCGACAUUCACCUCCUCCCCUUCCAAUUGACCCAACUAUCCUUUCUUACGGCGGAGUCAAAGCGAAAUUAACCUUCCUUCGUGUUGCCGUCGUCGACACGGCGUCGACCUUUCGAAUGGUCUUUACUGCUUUGCGCUGCAUGUAUACAAAUUGACACCAACGGUUUGCUGGGUCUUGACGGCUUAGCUUUCCGCCAGACCAUAAGAGGUGGGCCAACAGGGCGAUGUGUUUCAUGAGGGAAAAAUAAAUUUGGUUAUUGUUCAAGUCCGUACUGCCAAAUUUUAUGCCUGGAUUUCUAAUUUUUACAGUUUAGAAUUCUACUCUGGUACGCUCAUUUUCCACUGUGAACGUUGUGAUUUCGUCACAAUUUACUUUCCAACUUGGAGUUAGGCCGUCGAAACUGCAUAUGCUAGCUCCAGCUCCAAGGUUUAUGUGAACACUCGAAGUCAGAGCGACCAACCUUAGCUGAGUAACCGCAUAUUCACACUUUAUAAAUUAGUGGUGGUAUGCGUUCUGAACAGAAAAUUGUCUCUCUGUACUAAUGAGAACAACGGACACGAGUUCUGCCUCUGAGUUCCUUAUUGCCUGUGCUUUGUUCGCUAUUCUACUUGGUAGCAUCACGGACUGUUUCGGAUGCUAUCACGUUGAUGGCUGACUUUGGGCCUUGGGACCUGCUUUUCGACGACGGAUAGAUGCAGCUAAUCGAGGCCUUAAAGGGCAGGAGCCAUAAGAAAAGUCCUCAAAUUGCUAGUACUCAAACGGAGAAUCUCGGCGCAAGAUCAAUGAUGAGGCAUGAAGGUUGCGACCGCAAUUGUUUGGUGCCUGGUUGUUUCCUUGAUCACCCUAUUAGGGGCUCAGGCAGCCGGAUGAUGCGCGCACUCUCGGAUAGGCAUCCAUAGUAAAAAUCAAUCUAGCAGAAAAUAUGCAGCUCGGGCAACCGCUUUUACAGCCACCACGCUGAGAAAGAGAUCUGUCGCCGCUGUCUGCCUAGCUAGAUCUUUCCUUUGAUGUACCUUUUCGAACCCAUACAGUCGUCUUGCUUUCUACCUAUUCAAAAUUAGGAGGAUGGAGACCCACCCGACGUCGGUGUUUCUGGGCCUGAUGCAAUUCUCGAAGACCCCGUGAUUGACGACCCUGCGGCCUACAACCGCAUUUUCAAGCCAAAACACGUUAUCGCCCGCAGUCCGUCACGCAGUGCCCUGCACUCUUCCUCGAAGACAAAUGAGGCGCCGCCUGAAGACGGUGCACCCAGCUGCUCUCGCCCGAUGUCUGUAAAGCCCCCUCGAAAACUCGCCUCCCAGCAGCCUCAGUCGAGCGAUGAUGACGCCCCCUUCUACCCACCGCCGGCAGCACCACGGGUCGAAAGUCCGCCAGCUCCAAGGCCGGCCCAUUUUCAGUCUCGUGCGUACUUCAUUUUCUGUUCUGUGCGGUCUUGCAUGUCAUCUGCACUGAACCUCCACCUCUUAUCCAUUUCUUUCGACAUUCGCCCGAUUAAAUACUCCCAUGACUGUCACAGGAUACUUCAAUGACAAGAUAGACCUUCUAAGAUUAGUGGGGGAGAAGAAAUUGAGGCAACAGAAGGAGGAUUUAUUAUCAAAACUUUCGAAACUCUCCCCUAGCCUAACCUCAGAGAUAUAGGGGAAGCAACAGGUCGGGCAGGCAAGAUAUGAGGACACACUAAUCAGAUCAUUCUCAUGUUCGUACCGGAAAUUGGAUUGAGUUUGGUAACAAUUGCCGCCCACACGACAGGUCCGCGUCCUUCAACCUGGCUGCGUACUGCUUGGUAAGUUCAUAACGGGACCUGCCAGGAAUGUCUGUUGAUCAAUUUAUUGCAAAACUGCCACACGGUCAUAAAGUGGCUGCUUGGCAACGAGAACCAUUAUCUCACACAAUUGCCUACGAUAGUUCGACCAUCGUUGCCAAAUAUGUCCACCGUUUGCUCCAAAGCAAGGUGAAGCAGGCACCUUGACUUGCGGGUGAUUUAGUUUAUAGUGGAUGUAGACUUGUGCUGCAUCUACCACACUCUCCUCCUCCCCCACCUGGACGCGGUAUCAAGACAUAGCCAAGACGACCGGAUGCGGGGGAGGGCGCAGGUGGAUAGCACGGUCGAGCCCGCACCUUGGCGUUCCACUCCACGCCCCGUGGUCCACACAGCAAAUGACGGGGAUUCUAACUAACAACAACAGAAAGAACUGACGCGACCGAGGUCGCACCUAGGCGUGCCGUCACACCUGGCUCGGACCCCACGCAGUGUGAGUGCCGUGAAGACCACAUUAAGAAGAAGCCAUUGCAGCCUGGCUUUUAGACCACCAGUCGGCCGCGAGGUCCCAGUCGUCCCGUCAGUUGGCAAUCUUCCAAGCCACGGCUAUUAGCUCAUUGUGGUGGUCUCAAGCGCGUCGGAUUGUUUAUAGUGAGGAAAAUGCGCUGAGUCGUCGACCUCACUCUCCCUUCCCAUUCCCUGGCCGCAGUCACUGUCCGAGCCGGUCGCUUGACAGAUGUGGGGAAUGGGCGCGGUGGUUGAAAUAUCUAGUAUCCUUGUCUGCGCGCACCCCAUGCACGACCUGGCCCCAAAACACAAACACCAGGAUUUCACACAACGGGGGUUGAGCGGCGUACAUCCCACAUGCGUGAGAGUGCCGUAGGUCACGUUAAGAAGAAACCGUUUCAGCCGAGCUCUCGGUCCACCAGUCCGCCAUACCACACAAAUAGUCACACGACUACGCCUACUGCGUGGCCUGAGUUGGGGCGUCAGUCCGCAGCCUUCUAGGCCACAGUGCUUGACGCAAUGUGAUAGUCUCGGAUUCGAAUCACACAUGCAGCAGAGGAGCAGCAUAGAGACGGAGUCAAGACGUACAUUUCCCACUUUCAUGAGAGGUGGCAGUUGGGUGCAUGUAGCGGAUGUUGUGUGAUGUAGGUGGGGGAAAAUGUGAUGGAUUUUUUGGCCGGCGGUUGUUUAGCGCAGGUUUUCGUGAAUGCUCAUGUAGCCUAAUAGGCCCAUGCGGUGGAUGAAUGUGUGAGUGCAGUGAGGGCAGUUGAGACAAAUGCGUCUGGUGUAUGUGGGCGAUGGAUUCGUAAGUGACCGAUCAGGCCGGUGCGUGAGGUGAAUGUACGGAGACAGUUUGGACGGGGAAAGUCGGCGGUUUCAACGAUGGUUGCAGUGCUGAAACUGUUGAUGGUGGGCGUUCUGGGCGACGGGGUGUGGUUUGAGCUAGGCAUGAUAGAUGUGCAGGAGGUGCUAGGUGUGUCGAGACUGCGGUCACUUUCGCUCUCGUGGAUACGCAUGUGACCAAAAGGUAUGACAACUCAAGCAAUGAUAGAAUCAUGAAAAUUUGGUCAUAAAUGGAUGCAUAAAACUCCCUUUAUCACUGUUCAGCUUCCCCACCCCGCCAACUACCACCCCUAAUUACGUUGCCAUAGUGCACUGCUUAGGCCAGUAUAAAAGGAAUCAUCCAAAGUCUUGACAUACGGUAUGAUCGAGAGUCUUUCACCGUGCAUGAAGCGGUUGGGCAUCUAAAAAAUAUAGACAUUAAAUUGGGGGUAAGUGAGAGGUUUGUUUUUCUGCUAAUCUUAUGUUUUAUGUCCCUUGCAGAUCGUCUGUGCUUCAAAAUGGUCACGCCCUCUCUGCCAGUCUGCUUUUUCCUUCCUCAUUUUCUCUUACCUGCGUUGUUUUCGCUAAGAUUUCAUGUUUGUAUUUUCCUCCUAGCACCCACGAAGGAACAAGAUACGGUUAAACUGGAUGAUUUCAUUCCGGUAAGCUAAUCAAUCGCCGUCACCACUUUCUACCUGCAUUUGGUUUUUAUUAACUUUUAGUCGCCUUAGUCGUUUAUCUUUUCUGUCAAUUGGCAUGCUUAACGCUCUUUCGUUUAUCCGGACGGUGAGUCAGCGGGUGAACGCAACAAGACCUGUUGUCCUCUGUCUCCACUGUCACUAUUUUUGCGGGGAACACCCCAAACCGUACCGUUUUUUCUUUAACAUUUCAACUGCCUGAUGGAAGCUGGUCAAUAAGAAUGUCUGCUUCAGUUUGUAUCUCGGAAAGUCCUGGCGGUAGGUUACGGUCGAAACACUAUGGUUUCCACCUGCCACUGGUCGCUCGCAGGCCAUUUAGAGAUCUGAAUUAGGCGUAUCCGGUGGUUGUUUCACCAUUUAAUAUUACCCUGGUCAUCAUCACUACUGCACUUCAGUCGCUGUAGUUUUUAUUUCUGUAGGACCUGCCGUCGCUUUUAGUAUUUCUGCCUUAUCUGAGAAAGUUCGAAUGGUGACUAUUCUGCAGGUCAAGGAAAGCAUUUAUGCAGCCUAAUCAGCCUUCUGUCGGCCGUAAUAGAGUAAUCUUUAAUUCUUCAGACUCUGCAACCCUUUUUAUGUAGAAAACUGACUUUACAUGUACCGACUACCUCUAAUUUGUACCUAUGACAGGAUUCACUGUGAUCAAUUUAGCCAGCGCACAUAAGUCAACUGCAUCAUGAAUGAUCGCGUUCCAUUUCAGUCAAUCGACGACGGGGCAGCUUCGGGCUAGAUGACAUUUCUGGUGAUUCCUUUUCAGGCCGGCGUAGCUUCUGGCAGCUGUUGCAGUCAGCAGUGUGCGAGUCUUUCUUACACAAUGAUCUGCUGCCUUAGAAAUGAGUCUAAUGAUUCCAUUCCCCCUGUACGCCUCCAUAUCUGAAGUUGGGUCGUAGGACCAUGUAGUCAGUCGUUUAUUACGAUCGAAUGACACAGGUUUCUUCAGAAGACAGUCCUAAAUAGACGGUCAAAGACCCUUAUUUCAGAUGACGGGCAUCAGUAGUAGUCAUAUUUAGAUGCUGGGGUAUCUUGAAAAUAGAAGGCAGCUGCGGAGGGCGUCCUCCAAGCUCUGCGACUGGGCGAAAUGCUCCUCCAGCCGGAGGGCUAUGUUUGAUAGCGGCGUUAACUCAUCGUUUUGUUUUGGCUCAUCGAUCAAGGGACUGACUUAUUUUCGGCAUCCGGUCUAGCCUUCUGGCGUCACUGCCGGCUGAAGCGUGCUUCGGGUAACUUUAACUUCCGUGCUUUCAUGUCACACAGGACACGUGGUCCGAUGACGCAAGCCCUUGUACCAUCAGCUAGACAGACCAUUCCGCCAGAGAUAGAAUCCCUGCGGUGACGCCCGAUAUAAUCUAGCAGCCUCAACCCAGCCAGCUACUUCUAACGGAGGUUGCCUCGGGCUCGGCUGUUAUCUGUGUUUGUUCAACAAAGUGGUUCUAGACGCUUAGCUGUAAGCUUACGGCAGUGGCAGGGCUCUUGAGGCGGUCAUAGCCGGAUUUUCAUGAGGGCGUGGUCCGGACAAUUUUUGCUGCCAGUGUUACCACCGCGCAUCACGCCGGUGUCUGCAAUGCUCUGGUUCGUCACUUUCGGACAAGUUUGUAAUGGCCAUUACUGGAGCACCUAGAGACUAGAUUUCUACCAGCGUGCCAGAAACGCGUUCGUAACGAGCAGACGAUUCAGUCUAGGGAAUUUGCCCAAUUUUUCUCUGCGUAAUGACCAAAGGUUCAUCUCGCGGAUGCAUUCACUCCCUCCACCAUUUCUCGGUUUCCUUGUCAACUUUAUCAUGGUGUUCCAGCUACUUCAAGAAUCCGUUGGCACCUUUACUAAUUGUAGCUUUUUCACGACUGUCCACGAAUGAAUUUUUGCUAUAGGCCUGUAUGAAAUCGACCAGGUGGAUUUUAUGGGACCAGUCCUCCAAAGAUGCUUUUUCAUAGAACCGUAUUUUUCCAUAAGCUUAUGCUGACGGGCCUGAUAAAUGUGCUAGAAAGUGGCGUCUUCAUAACUGGGCCCAUUCUUGCCAAUUUUUUUCAUCUGAAAAUUGUCGUGCAGUCCCUAAUCGUUUCCUGUUCAUGCACUGUGAACCCAAAUGUACAUAAAGCCUUCAACCCUGUUGAUGGUUGCACAGUUGCGUUCAGUAGAUAACAUCAGGCGGACUUGAGUGUGCAUAGUGUAUCAGUUCAAGCAUUCUAUCCACAAUUACACUCUUCCACCUCUUCGUGCUUGGCGUUCGGCCCAGCGCUAAGGGAAGGGCCGUAGGGAUAAUGCUGAUAGUUUUCAUGAUAGAGAGAAGCAACCGAACUAUCUACGCGCCGUUGAUAAGUGAUCAGUGCGACAGCGAUCUGUAUAUUUUUGCCCUCUGCUGUCACUUGCUUUUCCAAGUAGAUUGUCGUGUGUUGUUUUCACUAAGCCCAAGCAUCCUUUGCCGUUUCCACUCUUAUCAUGUGAUCUAGAACAAGGCACCGCCCCAAUGCGUAGAUCCGUUCGCUGGCCUUUGGAAUAUGAUGGGCAGCGCCUCCACCGCGAAGGACAGCAAGUUGCCCCACAAAGACGAGUCGUCACCGAGGGAGCCAGUGACGAAAGCCAAGCAAGCGAUAGCGGCCAGUGGUGACGCGACCGCCAUCAACUCAGGCUGCAGCAAUAACGAAGCUGCCAUUAUCCAGCAGCUGCGGGUUCCACACGCUUCUUUCAUGUCAGUACUGUCAGCGCGACACAAGAGCCUCACCACCGUGCGUCUCAUGUGGCCGCGAGAGAACCUGCGUACUGCCCUGGAAUCAGCUAUCCUCAUGCAGGACCAGGCUGUCUUCGUUGACGUUUUGCGUGCUCUCAUCACCAACAGGUUCCUGUCUGUCCCUUUGAAUUUCAUUUGCGAGGGCCGGGCAGGAAAUACGGCAUCUGGACGCCAAUGAUAGAAGCUCAGUGAUAGGUUAAUGUAAAAUAACAGCCAGUGAAUGGUCCACAAUACUCAACAAAUAAUUCGAAGGGACGCAAUUCAGACGAAUGGUAACAGCAGCGUUAUUUGUAGUAACAGUGGUAGUAGCAGCAUCACUAAUCUGGGGCUUAUCCAAGAUUUGUCACAAUCAGUCUGCAGUCCAACUCGUCGGCUCACGAAGAGGGACGACUGCACCCCUCUGACUUGUCAUUUCUACUCGGGUAGAAAGAUGAUUUCCUCGUUUUUUCUGUCUGCGUAAACUGGUUGAACCCUACGCAGAUAAGUUUGGCCUCCAUCCCGGCCGCAUUUCGGAACAUGUGUGAACUGUGAUGUUUGUCGUUUUAACUGCACCGUGAAAUUUUCGUUGGGCUGUUAAUGUGGGUCCUAAGGCAAGUGCUUUAAGUGCCUCUGAGCAUUCGUAGGUGAGACAUGAUUUCACGUAUGAGGCUUUUGGGCCUAAUUUAGGUUUGUUACGGAAACCGCGGUUAUUUCCUUCGUCACUGCCCAUCUGAAUCCUACCCGUGUCAUUUUAUGCCACAGUGUCCUGAUUGCCAGCAUUGCCUCACUACUUCUACCACUUUCUGCGGUUCUAGGGGUUCGUUGCAUCCAAAUUGCGAACCUCAGCCAGCCUGUAAGACUUGCGUGUCUUCCAAUCGCACCACCCUCAUACUUCCUUCUUUCUGUCCUCUUCUAGUAAACUUUGGAACCUGGACCUUGUUGCCCUUCUCCUCCCGCAACUGACAAAACUCGUGUGGAGCAAGUACUCAGUGUGCGUUGUCACCAUUCUGCUUGCCUUCUUUUAUUUGACGCCCUCCAGGGCGGUUUUUACACAGAUUUGUGGGCUUGCGUUGGGUGGAUUUACACCGCCAGUUGCCUUCUAUCUUACCUAGCCCUACUCCUUCUAGUAGUGGCUGGAUAUUUCGCCCAUUUUUCAAUUUAAAUAGUCUCUCUCGCUUUUUCAUUUUACUUUCGGUCAUCAGAUUCACCAGUGAUUUUUUAUCGUUCGUACACCGUUGAUUAUUUGCCCUUUUCGAUCACGGAAGUGACUUUAUGUAGAUAUAUUUAGAUGUUUCGAAUGAUCGUUAACUGAACCUCGGGCGUACUUAACAGGAAUAUAAACCUGCUAUCUUCUUCCUGGUUAACUGAAUUUACAUGCAUACCCUCUAAAGACGGACAUGUCGCACUGUCUACAUCUCAGUUUCUCACUAGAAGAUAUAGUUGUGUCUUGGGACCAUCACUGUUAGUUUACUUUCUCUUUGAAGACCUACGUUCCUUCUGUUGUACACAUUGGUCCACGUUCGAAUUACUUUUUUCCUUAUGAAACGCCCUUUGAAUUUCUUCGGUUCGCUUAACUUUUUUGCACGAGCUUAUACAAUAGUCGGAAUUCCUCGGCCCUAAUUGCUUAUUCUGAGAACGUAAACAGUGCGCAAAAUUCCCGUUCUCAUCCUUGUUUGGCUUCCUGAUUUGUAGACCAUAUUUAACUGCUUGGAGAAAAUACUCUAGUCACACGUUUGAAAUUGGUACUGGUUGAAAAUCUAUCAGAAUUACUAUUUAGCCUAAUGUAAAAGUACCCUUCGUGCAAACGUCGACCGAGGUACACCAUUAUUCCCUGUACAACAGUAAAGACGAUUGAGGUGAACUCUCCCACUAUUAUAGAUUCUUCGCUAAUCUGUAGGCUUAACUGUUGUUUGAAACUUCAAACAUUCGGCAAACAUGUCACGAUGCGCACUGUUUCGCCUUCAAAUUAUUUGAUCUCCGCCCCUUGCAUGAGAACUCAGGUACUUUGUUUGUCCACAAUCAGGACUUUCAACGUGCAUACACAACUACUUAGCUAUACCGAGUAACAUCAUUAGUGACAUUUUAAUUACUUGGGUCAUUUCGCAAGGGAUAAAAAGUACACCAUUCCCUAGUUAGAGAUCGCGAAAAUUGUGACCACGGUUUUAAAAAAUUAUUGGAGGAAUGACUUUAUUUUUAGCUAACACAAGUGCCCCGCACAAAAACCCAAAUACCAUCAUCUGAAAGACUGGAAAAAUCGCAUCUUUUCUGCCUGAUCAUGAAUUAAGACCUUCACUUUCCUUCUGGUGCUUAUUUCUUAUUGUCACGUUGACAACCUGGUCACUUAGGACGAAUAAACAACGAGUCCAACCCACCGUAUGAGAGGAAAGUCGAGCUCCAGCCUCUAAGUAGAGAUGUCAAUGGGAGGGGAAAAUGGCAACUCAACUUAAGAGACCCGCUGGAGGAUGUUAAACGCUUCUUUGUGCGCCCCUAGAUCAUGUAAAGGCGCUAUUCCACGCGAUUACACGUCUACGCAUAAGAGAACGACAAAAGCUUGUACAUAUUCGGCCAGUGAGCAACCAAGUUUGAUGUACUCGACAUGCUUUGGUGGCAUUAACGAAAAUCAUGGCCUCCUGUUCGAUCGUCGCGUCCGACAAUGUCCACCGUGCGCCCACACCAAAGUGGCAGCAGGCACGGUGACUUGUGCGUAAAUUAUUUUAUUGUAAGAGUAUGCUUGCGUAGCAUCUGCUGCAAGGCAUUGGCAUAAAGACCAGAGGCGGGAGAGGGCGGAGGAGGCUGGCGCGGCCGGAUCCACACGUAGACCACUAGUCCACAGCAAACACUUGACCAGGAUGUUGACCGACAACAAAAAUGGGUCAGAAAGAGAAGGGUGACAUAAUUCAUUGGAUAACCAUGUACACGACCUAUAUACCUAGCGGAAACUCAAGCUCAUCUGCUGGCAGGAAGCGAGAUGCGAGAGAGUUGCCAGUACACACCAGGCUGCAAGGGCCAUGCUUUGCUGAAUCAUGGCAUAGCAGACGCGCACAGUCUUUAACGAAACGUUUUUUUGAAAUUCUGAAAUUCAUUCUUUGUUGGAAUGGGUCACUUAGACAAGGUUGUAGUAUUGAUUUUUAUGCCGCACAACCCCAUGAUAUUUUAGUCACGCCAAAAUGCCGACUUCUGAAGGCGCUCUUUCCAGGCCGCCUGCAACAAACAUUCCGUGAACAGCGAUUGCCUAAUUAGUAUUCAUUUUUCCAUUGAUCUUCGAUGCCCUUAUGAGUUCAAACAUGUCUUGUAGAAGGCGGGCACGACAUAUCGUCUCUUGUGCUAAUUUGGUAGUAAAAUAUGUCCUCUUCAAAUGUUUUAUUCAAAAAAUGGCGGAUUUCGACUUUGAAAAAGUUUUCAAUUAUGACAUUUUUUCAGGACCGUAAAAUGUUCAUUAAAUCCAAAAAAACCUUUUUAAAACCUAGAAGUAUUCUCAGUUCGAGUACAAGCUUCGGUAAAGUCGUAAUUUGCCGUCCUAUGAGUACAAGAACGUUUUAGUGCUCACCUUCCUUGAAAUAUGUUGGAAUUUGUAGGGCCACUGAAAAUCGACUGAAAAGACAUAUUACUUCGGUUGCCAUUGUUUACCGAUCGUGGGUGUUGCAAGCGGCCGAGAAGAAACGCAUUCAAAAGCCGGAAUUCUGCCGCGACUAAAAUAUCUUAAUUUAUUAUGCACGAUAAUUUAUAUUAAAACCCCGCCUAUGCAAUUCUUCUCGAUCAGAAGCACAUUUCAGAAUUUCGGUUAACAUUUUAUGCCAUACGUCGCCUAUUGUAUAUAUCAAGAACGGUGCGUACUGACAAAGACAGGUUUCACAAACCGGAGAUUGAGUAUGGCUGCUGAUGACGACUGAUAAGUCAGGAAUGGCCAUCCCGGCCUCACUUGUCUCCAUCGGUGCUCCCUCCUAUAUGAUUGCUCAUUAAUCCUCGGGUUAGUAGCAUACGGCCUACAGAAACCGAACAAGCGUCGGUAAAACCGGGGGAGAGGCGGCGAAGGUUACACCAGAUGUGCUGGAAGGUAAGUUGUUGGUCCAGUGAGAAUGCAAAUGGAUAGAAGUGAACUAGAUAUUUUUGCGUUAUGAUGGACAUCUAGGGUCAGUGAGACGUGCAUACAGCCACUCGACCAACUUCGACUCGGACGCACACGCGUCCAUAGAGUCGCAGCUUCCCAUGUGCCACUUAAACAUCGCCCCUAGACAAAUCAACACGCCAUUUGGACACCACUUCAGGUCGUCCCUCACAUACCUACAAAAGCAGCUGCCACCACUGUCUCAGAGACUCUCAGGCAUGACUGGACGCAGUCAACGUUAGUCCUAGCUUUGUCAGCGGCCACUGCCGCCUGAGAGGACAGCUCUGGGUUCUGUGCACAAUAAACUCCUCAUUUUGGUGCCUUCUGUCUUUCCCUCUAACACGGGAUUUGACCUGAUGAUUGUAGAGCUCUGAGAACUCACCCUCACUGCUUCGACGGUACGGCUCUAGUAGUGAGUGUGCGGGUCAGCAUGACGGUUCAGUGGUGUCUCCGAGGAAAUCUAGCGCCUCUUUUGUGUUGGCAGUGACAAACAUUUUAGUAUUUCUCAGUUGAAGCAGUGGUCGCUUCCAGGUGUGUACGCCAAGGAAUCAUGCCGACAGACAGGCAGCUUAUACAAGUUCCAAGGCGUCGAGGUGUGGCCGCCUGGGACAAUUAGCGCGUGAUGAGGCACGGGUGCCGUAACGCAUAAAAUAUGCGUAUAUUCACAACAAAGCUCUAAUCAAUUGGAAACCGCCAAUCAAGUACACAAAAAACUUGAAGGUGAUAUUACGUUGGAAUCUUACAGGAUGCGGAAAUGCCCAAAGCGCGAAAGUUCGUGUCAGCUGAAUGAACUUAAUUUGUGCAUAGUGCAUGUCUGUGAAAACAGCUGAGUAAACGAAACAGCAUAAGCAUGACAACUUGUAGAAAACCCUUUUAGAUAUUCACCAGGCAAUUUGACUCUUUUCAUAUCCUGCUUUUUCAAUAAGUUUUGCUGUGUGUGGGUCCCCUAUCUUAAGCGGCAAAAAUUCAAACUCGAAGGGUUUAAUUUUGUCUGUUUGCAUUUAAUUGCAUUUCGACUAUUAUGUCUCCUCAUCUGGGAUCUCCCCACUGCUACUAUGUUUUGAAGACGUUAACCUGCGUAUAACUGUUAGUCUAAGUCAAACACUUUUGGGUUUUUUCGGCAUAUGUAAAGAGAAGCUAACAUCAUGCAGUCCACAAAUGCACCAAGAUGGCGCAAGCCUUUUUCCUCCUGACGGUCUGUUUUAGCUGUUAGUGUGUUUUUGAACUUCUGGUAAUGCUUGUUUGUUGUUCCCAUUAUCUAAUUGCGUGCAUUUUCCGCCGUCGACUGCAGCUAUGUCGAGACGGCCUGUCAAGCCAUUCGCGUCAUUCUACGAAAUUUCGCCUCGCUCAUUCGCCAGACCGUCAACAGUGCCCAUGCACUUGGUGUGGACAUCAGCCUUGAAGAGCGGUAA